UUCACCAACCAGGGGAAAAAUGGUGCGAGAGAUCCGCCGGAACCGCCGAGCUUUUACAGCACAAAGAAACGACAGGUUGAGACAAAUCCUUCCCUAGCUGCAUCAACCUCAGGCCUCCAUCCUACCGGGUUCUGGGCUCCCCUUCCGAAUAUUGAGGGGUUUACUCGGAUUCACAGGCAUCCAGAAGCACAUCCCAAGAAGCUCAAGCAAGAUCAGCAGGACAACAAUGGCGGCUCGGCAGAAGGGCAGGGACUACAGAGGAUUCGUCCUGCUCUCGAUUCUCCUGGGGACCUUGUGGGAAGUCUGGGCAGGACAUAUUCGCUAUUCCGUGCCUGAGGAGACAGACAAAGGGUCUUUUGUGGGGAACGUCGCCAAAGACCUGGGGCUGGAGCCCCGAGAGCUGACGGAGCGCGGAGUCCGCAUCGUCUCCAGAGGUAGGACGCAGCUUUUCGCUCUGAACCAGCGAAGCGGCAGCUUGAUCACUGCAGGCAGGAUAGACCGGGAGGAGCUCUGCGCUCAGAGCGCGCGGUGUCUGGUGAAUUUUAACAUCCUGAUGGAAGAUAAAAUGAAUCUUUAUCCUAUUGAAGUGGAAAUAACAGAUGUUAACGACAACGCUCCUAGAUUCUUGAAGGAAGAAAUUAACGUAAAAAUAAUGGAGAAUACAGCUCCUGGGGUACGCUUUCCGUUAAACGAGGCUAGAGAUCCAGAUGUAGGCACCAACUCCCUCCAGAGCUACCAGCUCAGCCCCAGUCACCACUUCUCCCUGGACGUGCAAACUGGAGACGAUGGAACCAAGUAUCCAGAACUGGUGCUGGACCGGGUGCUGGACCGGGAGGAAGAGGCGGUUCACCAUCUCCUCCUCACGGCCUCUGACGGAGGCGACCCACUCAGAUCCGGCACCGCGCGCAUCCAAGUGACAGUGGUAGAUGUGAAUGACCAUGCUCCAGUCUUCUCUCUGCCCCAGUACCGAGUGACUAUCCCUGAGAAUGUACCUGUGGGCACAACACUGCUCACAGUAAAUGCUAUAGACCUGGAUGAUGGAUUGAAUGGGGAAGUGACAUAUUCUUUUCAGAAAAUAACUCAAAAAAUUCUACAAAUAUUCCAACUGAACUCCCUUACAGGAGAAUUAUCAACUUUACAAGGCCUAGAUUAUGAAGAAUCCGGCUUCUACGAAAUGGAAGUUCAGGCUCAGGAUGGUCCUGGUAGUCUGACAAGGACAAAAGUACUGAUCACAAUUUUAGAUGUGAAUGACAACACUCCCGAAGUGACUGUAAUGUCUCUGAGCAGCUCAGUCCCUGAAGACACGCCUCUUGGGACAGUAACUGCUCUUUUCUACCUACAAGACCAAGAUUCUGGGAAGAAUGGGGAGGUGACCUGCACCAUUCCAGAAAAUCUGCCUUUUAAAUUAGAAAGAUCGAUAGACAAUUAUUAUAGAUUGGUGACAGCAAAAAACUUGGACCGGGAAAGACUGUCUGUCUAUAACAUCACAGUGAAAGCCACAGAUGGUGGCACCCCUCCCCUGUCAACGGAAACCUGCAUCUCUAUACACGUGGCAGACACCAACGACAACCCGCCCACCUUCUCCCACAAGUCCUACUCAGUCUUCGUCCCUGAGAACAACCUCAGAGGAGCCUCCAUCUUCUCGGUGACUGCCCAUGACCCCGACAGCGAGGAAAAUGCCCAGGUUAUUUACUCCCUGGUGGAAGAUACCAUACAGGGGGCCCCUGUGUCCUCCUAUGUCUCUAUCAACUCUGACACUGGCGUUCUGUAUGCACUGCGAUCCUUUGACUAUGAGCAGUUUCGAAACCUGCAACUUAGAGUGACUGCGUGUGACAGCGGUGACCCGCCACUCAGCAGCAACGCAUCACUGAGCCUGUUCAUUCUGGACAAGAACGACAAUGCGCCGGAAAUCCUGUACCCUUCCCUCCCCAGUGAUGGUUCCACGGGUAUGGAGCUGACUCCCCGCUCCGCAGAGCCCGGCUACCUGGUGACCAAGGUAGUGGCAGUGGACAGAGACUCAGGUCAGAACGCCUGGUUGUCCUACCGCCUGCUCAAGGCCAGCGAGCCAGGGCUCUUCUCGGUGGGGGUGCACACGGGCGAGGUGCGCACGGCGCGGGCCCUGCAGGAUAGAGACGCGCUCAAGCAGAGCCUGGUGGUGGCCGUCCAGGACCACGGCCAGCCUCCUCUCUCAGCCACAGUCACGCUCACUGUGGCCGUGGCCAACAGCAUCCCCGAGGUCCUGGCCGACUUGAGCAGUUUAGAAUCUUCCGCUGACCCAGACGACUCCCGCCUCACUCUGUACCUGGUGGUGGCCGUGGCCGCUGUCUCCUGUGUUUUCCUCGCCUUUGUCAUUGUGCUGCUGGCGCUCAGGCUGAGGCGCUGGCAUGUGUCCCGCCUGCUGCAGGCUUCCGGGGUCGGGUUGGCGGGUGUGUCCGCCUCGCACUUUGUGGGCAUGGACAGGGUGCAGGCUUUUCUGCAAACCUAUUCCCACGAGGUCUCCCUCACCGCAGACUCGCGGAAGAGUCACCUGAUCUUCCCCCAGCCCAACUACGCCGAUACGCUCAUCAGCCAGGAGAGCUGUGAGAAGAAUGAUCCCUUGUUAACAUCCAUAGAUUUUCAUGAAUUUAAGGAUGAAAUACCAAAUACUCAGGUGAGUUCGGUCUCUGUUUUUAUUUCCAAGAGGACCUAUAUUCUUAUUGUUUUGUGAAACAAGUAUUUUAAAGAUG